AUGUCUAAGGUAUUCCAAAGGAUUAAUACUAUAAGGGAGACUUUUAGCUAUGAAAUCCACGUCCAUUACAUUAUUUUAUCUGUCCCAAAAGAAACUUUACUGAAGGUUGUUUGAAGGAAAAGUAAUUUUCUAUAUAGAGGAAUUUUUAGUGGAGACUCGUGUAAUAACUAUGACCCCUGAAGAGAAAAAGGUUGAGAUCAAUGAACAAUUGAUCAUGCCUAUUAAUACUUUAUAUAAGAAAAAAGCGACUGGAGUUUAUAGACCAAAAGAAACUGAGCUGAAAAUUGAAGGCGAAUCUAAUGGAAAACAUUUUGAUAUAGGAAAAGUUAUAUUAUAUUGAAUUUAGCUGAAUUUAACACAAUUUAUAAUAAUGGCAAAUAAUUUCUUUAUAAUUCAGUUAAAUAUAAAUUUAGCUGACUACAUAGAGUCUCCUAUUAGAGAAUCAAGCUACCAAAUUCUAAAAUCAAAAGACAAAAAUGCUGAAAUUUGUCUCUCUAUAAAAGCUGAACAUAUAGAAACCCAUAAAGAAGCAGUAGAAAUGGAAAUGGAAAAUGCUGAAAAAGCAUUAAAACAGGCAGAAAAUCUUGAAACUAAAAUAGAAGAAAACCAUGAGGAGUCUAAAGGAGAAACAGAUUCUUCUUUAUUUGGAAAUGCUAUAGGGGAAAUCCAAAUUUAUAAAGAAAAGCUAGAAAAAAAUUUAGCGAAAAUUGAAGAAAUUAGCAAUGAAAAUCAAGAGCUAAGAGAAAAUUUAAAAGAAAAAGAAAAGAAAGAGAAAUAUAAUGAAGAGUUAGAAGAAAAGCUUGACAGGACAAAAUCAAAGGGUAAAGAGCUUAAGAAAAAAAUAACGAAUUUAAAAGGAGGGCAAGCAGAGCUAGAAGAGCUAAUAAUAAAGGAAAAAAAAGAAAUGUAAAGAGUAUUUACUCCCUAUUUAAGCGGGAAAAUAACUCCUUGAUGAGCAAGCAAAAAAUUUGCUUUUUAAAUAAUCUUUUAUAUAUAUUUUUAUAUAAAGCCUUUAAUUAUUAAUUCUAUAGCUAGGAAUCUAAACAUAAAUUUUAUAAAUUAAUUUUUUAAUCUUGAAUUGAGAUUUUUUGAAAUCUAAAAAUUCUAUUUAAAGAAUUCCACUCUAUAUAAGUGAACAGAAUAUUAUGGGAAAGAGGGGAAAUUUAGUGAGAAAUUAAAAGAAAUAAAUGAAGAAAAAUCAAAGGGAAACAAAAAAGUAAGCCAUUUAGAGUCAAAAGUUUUAGACCUGGAAGAAGAGAUUUCUAAACUUAAAGGAAAAACAGCGAUUAAAGCAGAAAUAAUCCAUUCUCUAACAACAAAUAAUAAUGCACUCGAAGAAAAAAAGUAAAUUUCAUAUAGUCAAGCCCUUGAAAAAGAACUGCACCGCUUGCAAAAUCUUGAGGAAGAAUUUAAUCGCAAAAAAGAGGAAAAUGAAGAAAGUCCAGAAAAAAUUGAAGACCAAAUAAACGAUCUCAAUGAAAGGAUGAAAACUAUAUUGAGGAGACAUACUGAGUACAGAAAAUAA